GCAGUUGCAUUAUGGGAGACAGAUGAUUGACACGGCCGCCAUUUUGCUCCAGCUCUCCCUGCUUCCAUUGUGUGAGAGAUAGUAAAUAUCUGACAGUGCCAGACAACCACAACACACUUGUAUCCGUGCGAAGAAAAAGCGUAAAAUUCACCCUCGGUGACACUUCGUCGUAAUGGCUCGUACCAAGCAGACAGCUCGUAAGUCCACUGGAGGAAAGGCUCCUCGUAAGCAGCUGGCCACAAAGGCUGCUCGUAAGAGUGCCCCCUCUACUGGUGGUGUCAAGAAGCCCCAUCGUUACAGGCCUGGUACUGUGGCUUUGAGAGAGAUCCGUCGGUACCAGAAGUCCACUGAGCUGCUGAUCCGUAAGCUGCCCUUCCAGCGCCUGGUGAGGGAGAUCGCCCAGGACUUCAAGACUGACCUGCGUUUCCAGAGCGCUGCCAUUGGAGCCCUGCAGGAGGCCAGUGAGGCAUACCUGGUGGGUCUGUUCGAGGACACUAACCUGUGUGCUAUCCAUGCCAAGCGUGUCACCAUCAUGCCCAAAGACAUCCAGCUGGCACGCCGCAUCCGUGGAGAGCGUGCUUAGAUGGCCUAAUGUUUCACCUCUGUCCUGUUUUUCUUUACCUGUCCCUGCCUUUACUCCCUGAAUCUCCCCCACCCAUCCCUGCCACCCUUUCUCUCCAGCCUGCCCAGCUUCUCAGUAGACUUUAGAGUAAUCCUGAUUAUGAAGAGAUAGAAAUAUGUCUGGUCUCUCAUAGAUUUUUUUGUCUUCACCAAAUGUUUUUAGGGUACCUUUUUUGUGCAUGUAAUAGGUUUGACAGAUCAGAUGUGCACAUGCAUUCAUACUCAAUCAAGCGUCACUUGAUUUGGUUUUGCCUCAAAGCAUGAAGCCCAACCUUGAGUUCACCUGGAUUCUUCCAGGGACGGGAGGCCAGUGGGUGUGGUUUGUGUGGCAGAGCUGAAGCACGGGGAUGUGGCCGAGGGACUAGUCUGCUUAAGGGGAGCUGCAACUUCCACAGCAGGGUGCUAUUAAAACUAGUCCUGAGGCCUCUGCCCUGUUUGAACACCCUCCUUCCCUCCUGCCCAGUCUGUCCCUCGACACCCCAACUCCCCCACCCCCCGCCCCUCUCUGCAGCUGCUGCAGCUGCGACCAGACAGCUCACUGUACCUUGUCAAACCACCGCCUUCACCUCUGUAACCUGCACUGGGAAGGGGGUGGCGGUCUAUUGGGUUUUUUUGUGUGGAUGUGUAAGCUCUGACCUGUCAAACCACUUGUACUCAACAAACAAGAAUCUUUUGGUUACUUAAGAAUAUUGAUUAUCGUUGUGGAUAUGAUGUUUAUUAUUUUUUUUAAGCAUAUAAUUCAUCAACAAACAUUUCUUCUAUCUACCGCUUCCAAAAUCAUCACAUUAAGAGGGGAAAAAAAACGUAUGGUUAUCAGUUAUCAACAUGGUUAUCAGUUUUGGUUACAGUGAUCUGAUUUGCUAUAGAAAAUCAGGAAGGGCUUCUCUGUUCUCCAAGGCAACUUCUAUUCUAAUGGCAGCCACAUGGGGGCAAUGGUUCACCAUCUCCUCGUCUACUCAAUUGUUCACUGUAGAUCAAUCAUCAAACACAAUGCUUUUGUCUCCAUCUUUAUCUCCACAGAUAGGCUUUAGACUUGUCACAGCAGUAUGAAUUGAAAUGAUAGUAAAAGUUACACUCUGCAUGUUAAGGGUCUGUGUGUCUCUUGCACUCUCUCUCGCUCUCAACAUAUAAUCUGUCCCUUUCUCAAAAUUUGUGAUACACAAUAUAACCUCAUAUUUGUUUUCUUUUAUAUUUUUCUUAUUCCUCAAGAUUUUCAAACGUAUAAAUAAGCUGAUCUUUGUAUUUUCCAAAUUUCUCAUAUUAUGGUGGUAAUAAAUAGGUGUUAAAACAA